AUGGCAAGCAAGUACCUGCAGCAGUUUCCAAUACCUCCAGAAUUUCCAAACAUAUUGCGUGAUUUAACACGAGAAAUUCUCCGCUUACAACCUCAAGAUAUAAUCAAAUUUGCUGCAGAGUAUUUCAAAUGCAAGCAAGCUGUGACUAAUAUUUAGGGAAAAGAAUUUAUUUGGGAUGAAGCAAAUCCAAGAGCACCCAGGCCAUGCGACUAUCCUAAAAUAAUCAGAAAAGAGCCAGAAAAAAUCAAAUAUUCCACUAAGCCAGGCUCUGAACCAAAAAUUCCUAGCCAAGUCAAUCCAAAAAUUGAAAAUCAAGAGCAAAUAGAGCAUAAAGAAAAAAAUACCGCAUCAAAACAUCCAAAAUCUCAAGAAGAAAAGAAAAAUGAACUAGGGCAUCAUGAAAACAAAUUUGAUAUACAAGUUAAUGAGAAAAAAUCUGAAUUUUCCGAAACAAAAACGCAUAAAGUCAUAACAGAAACCCGCCAUGAGGUACAUAUACAGCACACUGAAGUCACUCAUCAUGAGUCUCAUCAUACAGUUCACGAAACUCAUAAUGAAGGCCACCAGCAUAUCGAAAUAGAAACUAAACUGCAAGAAUCAGCUAUACCUUCUUUAAGCUCACCAGCUGAAGUUGCUGCAAAGGAAUAUGUAGAUGGAUUAGUUGAAAGAGUCGAAAGAAAAAUGUCGUCUCAGCCAUAA